UUUGUAGAUCCAAGUUUGAUCCUCCUGUGAAACCAUUCCGUGUGAGAAAGUGAAACUAGGAAACGAGCAAUAUGACAACAGACUUUAGUCGCAAUCAGUUCAAUUACUAUUACGGUCAGCAGUCGACCAGUGUGCACGUAAAAAUGGAAACCCACGAGUCCCAUCUGGGAGCAGAGGAUUACUACGGCAGCUUUCCGGUGCUCAACACACAAGCGAUGGCACUAUCGAACAUGAUUAUGGUUCCGAGCUACGACUCUCCGGUGAACUAUCCGGAAAGCUGGAUGACUCCUUCGCCUUCCAGUUUUGGUUCUGAGAGUCCCGAUUACUACUCGGCCAGUUCACCUACCAUUGUCGACGUCGAGGAGUGCAAAGAGAAUCUGAUGAAGCAGACAGUGCAAUCAUCUAUGCUUCCGCUAUCGCCCCCGAUGCUGCCAACGUUAGCCAUUACCAGCACCACAACUGCACUUCCGGUUAAGAAGCGCCAAUACCGUCGCGCACCGAAAACGAAGCCGGACUCGCUAACCAUGGAAACCCAAGCAACGUCAGCCGCGGAUCUUUCCUGCAACACAUUGUUCCACUCCAAGCCGACCACCGCUUCGUCUGUGUUCACCGGACAUCACGAUUCCGCGGGGGCACUGCAGGCCACCACAGUCGGCAAGAGGAAACGCAAGCUGGUCUCGCCCCAGAUCAAGAAGAAACGUCGUCUGGCGGCCAAUGCCCGCGAGCGGAAGCGCAUGCAGAGCCUCAACGAUGCGUUCGAUCGGCUGCGACAGUAUCUACCCAGUCUGGGCAACGAUCGGCAGUUGUCGAAGCACGAGACGCUCCAAAUGGCCCAGUCCUACAUUACGGCUCUCUACGAUUUGCUGCAGUAAGCUGCGGGAGCGACUCCUGUGGAACAACCCGAGUGAUUCUUAGUCAGUAGUCAGUAGUUGCAUUUGUUCUGCAUUUCGUUAGGGUAAGCAAUCGAUUGUACAUUUUUUUUUUUCGUGGGGACAAGAUCAAGAGGCUUCUGCUAGCGGACGUGGCUCGUGGCCUGAGGGCUCCAACUUUUGUGCCAAUUCAGUUGCUUGAGAUAUAAGAAUGUUAGAAUGUUUAUGUUUCCGAUACUCAUUGUACUAUAGUUAGUGGUUAAGUUUUAGCAAAGAAGUUUAAAUUAUUUUAUCGGUCGAGCUGGGGAUAGAAUUAUGCGUUAAA